CAAUGAUUCGAGUAACUUGAAAAUUGAAGUCAUCGACGUAAAUUAUCUAAACUAUAGUUUUACUAAAGCCCAAAAAGGUCACUUGUAGUAGGGGCUAGAAGUAAUUAUUUGAAUCAUGGCAGUCCGUUUAAUGAGUGAAGAAGAAUUGGUCCAAUUUUUUGAGAACUACCAAAGCUUAAACAUUUCUGUUGAUGAUCUGAGAAAAGUUAGGUCUCAGACAAUAAUGCAAAUUUUCACCGGGUUUCUUCGUGAAUUUGAUUUUGAAGUGGAGUCCAUAUAUCAGACUAGCUGGGAUGCCUUACAAGUAUUUGAAUAUCCAGAGUUAUAUGAAGACUGUUUGGUAUUAGUGAAGUUCUCUCUUUUGAUAAAUUAUUUGAUGCAACUAUGUGGAAUAACUGACUUUUCUAUCAAAGAUAUUAUAGAUCCAAAACCAAAGAGGACUCGGAAAAUCCUGUCUCAUUUGGUGGCAUAUUGGAAUUAUGCUGCAAAAGAAUUUGAGAAGUGGGUUGAAGUUAAAGAAGAAUAUCAAUGUAUAGCAAGAGAACGAGAUGAGUUGCUAAGACAGAAAGAUGAAAUCAAACAAAAGAUAAAUGAACAAAUAACAUAUCUACAAGAACACAGUGAUGAAUUCUUGCAAACUGAAGAGAGGAUCAGAAGUUUGCAGUCUGAAUUUGAUGAAAAAUAUAGACAUAGGGAAUCUGUUACACAAGAAUAUCAGCAAGUGAAGACCAUGAUUUCUGACAUUGAGAAAACUCUGGGUGAAAAGCAAGUUAAUAUUGCCACACUGAAAGAACAGAAAGUGGAACUAGAAGGUAAAAUAGUAGGAUCCCCAGAUCAGUUAGUUAAAGAAGGAGAAGAACUGCGACUGAAGUUAGAAGAGCUGAGAGCAAGAAAGAAAGAAUUGGAAGACCAAAAGAAGUCUAUGAUGAUGUGUUUUGAAACCCACAAAAUGAUGGCUGAAAGAGUAGAUAGUGCCCUUGAAUUUCUGAAUGAGUUUUUGGGCAAGAUAAGGGAAUACAAACAAAAAAUAGAAAAUCUUGAUGCUGAAAGAGUAAAACGCCAAGAUGCAGAAAAAAAGUAUGAAGAGUUACAUAAGAAAGUUGAACAACUCCACCUUAAUCUUCAAGUGAGGAAAGAUCAGGCUGCCAAACAAAGCAUGCAGCAUCAGAAACAGAUGCACUCUUUGCAGGACUUAGUUCAAGAAACAUACAGGGAACUUGAGAAUUUGAGGCAGAAGAGUAGAUCAGGAAAUAAACCAAAUGCACCAUUUGGAGAUAUGAAAGAAAAACUGUUUUGCCAACUCAGAAAUAUUGAAGAGGUCAAAUCAAAAUUUUCCGAAAGGGUUAAAAAGGAAAAUGAAUCCCUUCUUGAAAAGCUUGAUAAAUACAAAGAAACUGCAAUGAAAGAAAUUUUAGUCCAGCAGAGAGAGUUAGAAAACAUUUUGGAAGAUUUGAAAGAUACAUCGGAAGAAAACAAUACAUCUCAGACAUUGUAAAGAGAACAACUGUUAUUUCAUUUUAAUUGCAUUUUACAGUGAUUGUGAAUUUUGAGUUUUGUAUACUCAAGAGUAUUUUAUAAUAAACUUUUCUACUCUUUAGUUUGCACAAAAUUUAUCUUCAUUUGUAAGCAUGUAAGAACAAUUUGCUAUUUAUAUUUCUAAAUAUCUUUAAACACAGUGUCAUGGAACUUUUUAAAAUAUGGUUGUAUUCAUAAUAGCAAGACAAAAGGAAGUAAUAAUUAAAUAUUAAAAUUUUAAGUAUUGGUUUAGAGAAAAUCUCCUUAAGCAUAUUGCCCACAGUGGCUACACUACCAGGUUUCUUUACCACCUUUUUACUGUCAUUUUUUGACAUUUCAGAAGUCCUCCAACAUAUACUUCAAAAGAACCCUGACAUGCUAUUUGCAUAUAUAUGUAAAGUCUUCAAUUAAAGGAACUUACUAUAGUAAAAAUAAUUACAUAGAGGUUUAUACUUCUUAUCCAUGGGCAGGUCUCUUAACAUACCUUAUAACUUCUUGUUUUGGUUGUUACUCUAGUUCUAUAAUAGCUAUAAAUAUCGGAAUAAUUUAUAUAUUUCAAUUGUUUAGGUUUUGUACAUCUUUCUAGCAGACUUAAUAACUAUUAAAGUUUGAUUUAUUUUUUUAG